CGCACCGACUCCGGGGAUGCUGCCCAUCACUGAAGUGCUGCUGCGGGCCCUGGGCCUCGAGAGGACGGCCUUCCGCCUGGGCGCUGUGUCCGCGCUGCUCCUCGGCCUGCUCUUCCUGCUCUUCCGCCAGCUGCUGCGGCUCCUGCAGCGUGGCCUCGGCUUCUACCGCACUUGUCGCCAGCUGCGCUGCUUCCCCCAGCCCCCCCGGAGAAACUGGCUGCUGGGACACCUGGGCAUGUAUCUCCCCAAUGAGUCGGGCCUUCAGGAUGAGAAGAAGGUGCUGGACAACAUGCAUCAUGUGAUUCUCGUGUGGAUGGGGCCUGUCCUGCCACUGCUGGUUCUGGUCCACCCUGACUACAUCAAGCCUGUGCUGGGGGCCUCAGCGGCCAUUGCCCCCAAGGAUGACCUCUUCUAUGGGUUCCUGAAGCCUUGGCUGGGGGACGGGCUGCUGUUGAGUAAGGGGGACAAGUGGAGUCGGCACCGCCGCCUGCUGACGCCUGCCUUCCACUUUGACAUCCUGAAGCCCUACAUGAAGAUCUUCAACCAGUGCAGCGACACCAUGCACGCCAAGUGGCAGCGCCUGGUGGGGGGCUCAGUGGCCUCUCUGGACAUGUUCGAGCACGUGAGCCUCAUGACCCUGGACAGUCUGCAGAAAUGCGUAUUCAGCUACAACAGUGACUGCCAGGAGAAGCAGAGUGACUACAUCUCGGCUAUCAUUGAGCUGAGCUCCCUGGCCGUGCGGCGGCAGUACCGCCUCCAUCAGUACCUGGACUUCAUCUACUACCGCACGGCUGACGGGCGCCGCUUCCGUGAGGCCUGCGACACAGUGCACCACUUCACCACCGAGGUCAUCCAGGAGCGGCGCCGCGCACUGCAUGUCCAGGGUGCUGAGGCCUGGCUGCAGGCCAAGCAGGGAAAGACCCUGGACUUCAUUGAUGUGCUGCUGCUGGCCAGGGAUGAGGAUGGGAAGGAGCUGUCCGACGAGGACAUCAGGGCGGAGGCCGACACCUUCAUGUUCGAGGGUCAUGACACCACAUCCAGUGGCCUCUCAUGGGUGCUGUUCAACUUGGCCAAGCACCCAGAGUACCAAGAGAAGUGCCGGGAGGAGAUCCAGGACAUCAUGAAGGGCCGGGAGCAGGAGGAGCUGGAAUGGGACGACCUGACUCGGCUGCCCUUCACCACCAUGUGCAUCAAGGAGAGCCUGCGCCAGUUCCCGCCUGUCACGCUGGUCUCGCGCCGCUGCACCCAGGACAUCCGGCUCCCGGACGGCCGCAUCAUCCCCAAAGGCAUCAUCUGCCUGGUCAGCAUCUACGGGACCCACCACAACCCCAAAGUGUGGCCCGAUUCCAAGGUGUUCAACCCAUACCGCUUUGACCCAGACACCCCGCAGCAGCGCUCGCCGCUGGCCUACGUGCCCUUCUCGGCAGGGCCCAGGAACUGCAUCGGACAGAGCUUUGCCCUGGCUGAAAUGCGUGUCGCUGUGGCACUGACCCUGCUGCGCUUCCGUCUGAGCGUGGACCGGACGCGGAAGGUGCGGCGGAAGCCUGAGCUGAUCCUGCGCACGGAGGACGGCAUUUGGCUCAACGUGGAGCCGCUGCCUGCGCGGGCCUGAGAGCUCGGUGGCUGCACCUGCGGACCAGGGGCAGGCCCCGCCCACACAAAACCACGCCCAUAAGAGAGACCAGGUCCAGGCCCUGCUCACGGCGCAAGGCCACGCCCAAACCAAGGUCCCCGCCCACACCAAGGCCCCGCCUGCCCGCCGUGCUAGGAACUCUGGGUGGCGAAAGGCCUCCAAUAAAGACCCUCCCAUAGUGCAAGGCCGUGCCCAUGGCACGAAGGCCAACUCAUGGUGCAAGGUCCCGCCCACAGGCCCAGACCACGCCCAUGGAAGGAGGCCCCACCCACGGCACAAGUCCCGCUCUUGGCGCAAGGCCCCGCCCACUGCACUCAGGCUGAGUCCAUGGAGACCAGGCCACAGGGUUCACCCCAAAGAUCCUGGGAAGUCAUGCCUUGCCAAGCUUGAGCUCUGCUCCUGAAGGACUGGACUCUUUUACUAGACAGCCCAAUGGUGCUGGCCUCACCCCUGGAGGCAGGUUCUGCCUCCCUAGUGCCCUUCCUGCCUUCUUGCUUAAGGGGCCAGGCUCUGUGGAGCCCCUGUGGUGGAGGCCAGGGCCCCAGGACACAGCUCACGCUCCAGAGUGCAGGCCGGCUUCCAGGUCACCACCACGGCCUCCGAACCAGAGACAUGACCGGUGUCCAGGACUUCAGAGGCAAGAUGGGCCACUGAACCGUCGAGGAAACAGACCUACCAUGCGAGAUGGCCCUGCUGGCUUUCUUACUGUGGACUAGGAGCUGAGGUCCGGACUUCACUCUCCGGAGCCCCUUUCCCUGCACAGCCCACCUGGAC